AUGUCGUAUCCGCGUCGUGAUAGGACUUUUUUCACUGUGUUGUAUCUGUCUUCGAGAAACCUGUCGCGUGUCGUCGCGUGUCUUCUCGCCUCCAACUUUCAAGUUCGAUACCUUCAUCAUCUACUUACUCAGCUCGCACGGUUUCCCCCUCUUCUCUUCUCUUCUCUUCUCUUCUUUGGUGAAUUGAAAAACAAAAAUUGUACGAUCCAACCUGUCGCCAUGUUGUUUUCAAUCCUUCCCUAUAGCUUACGACCAAAUGCCACGUUUUACUUCCAGACGAUGAUGUUCUCCAUUGUCCCCGCGUAUGUUUGUCGCACGUUUCUUAUCUAUCCACUUCUGUUUUGCCGGACCUGGGUUUACCUUUCUUCCAUCUCUCGGUCUCUUCUUUGCGACGCAGAAGGACGGGGAUACUUUAUUUAUAUUUACGAGUAG